AUGACCAAGCGCGUAGGUCAUUUGUUGUCAAUAAGGCUGUGUACCGCGCAACUGGAGACAAGUCUCUGCGCCGCGUACCCGAAAGAGUCGAGGAGCAAAGAAGUCAAGACCAUCGCCAUCGCCCUCUCAGCCAUCACCUUUCCAGCUGUUGCACUGCGGUGCUUCUCGAGAUGGAAGACCACCCAUCGGCUGUGGUGGGACGACUGGGCAGCAGUGUUUGCAACGAUACUGCUCGCCGGACUGGCGGGUAUCGAAAUUGCAAGUGCUGACUUGGGAUUCGGAACGCACUACUGGAACGUCGAACUCGCCUCGGGCACAAAGUUGAUUCAGCUUUUCUACGUGGUACAAAUGCUUUACAUCCUGAUCCAGGUCUUCGCGAAAAUUUCGAUCCUGCUAUUCUUCUCUCGCAUCUUCCCGGCACGAUGGUUCCAGCUCACGGUUCGAUACUUCAUCGUUUUCUUACUGCUCCACGGCCUCAUCUUUCUGUUGGUCAUCAUCUUCCAGUGUACGCCUAUUUCGUCGACCUGGGACAGAAGCAACCCGAACCGCAAGUGUCUGAACGUGACGGCCAUUGGGUACGCUGGGGCUGUUUUCAGCAUCAUCGAGGACCUUGUCAUAUUGGUCCUACCGAUCCCUGAGUUGGUGAAACUCCAACUCAACAUCCGAAAGAAGAUUGCACUGGGCUUCAUGUUCAGUCUGGGGUCAUUACUCAAGUACCUGGUCAUGUUUUCGAGCACGUUCGAUACAACAUGGGACAACGUCGACAUUGUGAUUUGGUCCAUCGUCGAGGAGUUCUGCGCCAUUCUCUGUGCAAGUCUGCCAGCUCUACGGCCGUUGCUCCAGAGGGUUCCUCAACUCUUCACCAGCAGAAAGGAAACGACAAAAACUGCCAGCACAGCACAGUCUAGGCGCUCAAUACUCAACCUUGGAAAGGACAAAUUUCACGAGCUUUCCGAGACGCCGUUCGAAGAGGACCUGCCGCCGACGCCGAUAGACAUUGCCGACCAGAUGGCCGCAAAAGCCGACGGGAAGCGGCAAGUCAUCUUCGCGAAGGACAAAGAGAUGAACUUGCGUGCCGACUUCGAGUUGCAAGACGUAGGAACAGGGAAGAAGUGGCAGAAGAACGUGAAUGGGAGGUUCUGA